AUGUUGACUCAAGAAGAUUUUGCUGUAUUGACAACUCGGUGCCGAGAUAACAAUGUUCAACAUAAUCUUGAAAACACUGUUUCCAACGACAGACAACAUGUAACAGGUUUGAGGUUGAAUCUGAGGUUCAGACUCAAGUUUGGUGAUUGUUGCAGUUUCGUAUCGGAGAGGUUGCGACUUCGAAUUUCGACAGCAGAAACAUGGAUUCAAAGUGUACAACAUCAGUUCAUCAACAACAACAUCGGCCAUGUUCCUCUCAUACUUACGAUGACAAUGGCAUACCGCGAGUUCUCUGCAAUGCAACAACGCGAAGCGGGGAAGACUUGGCUCUGUCUCAAUUCCUCGCUACAAUUACGAGAUUCUGGUUCAACGGCACCGACAACACGCGCACGACACAAGCCUUGUAAGAAAGUUCUGUUUCGCAAUAUACUUUGCUGA